AUGGGUUGUGAAAAUAGUAUUGCCAUUAUUUUACCUUUUGAGGAUACUAUUAGAACAUAAAAUUGUUUUCGAAACUAAAAUUGUAACAAAUGUGGAAAAUAUAAUUUAAAUUUACUUUAAGCUAAAUGUGGACAUUAUUAUCAUAUGAGUUGUCUUAUUGAAAAGAGAAUGGAGUCUAAAUUAUGUUAAUGUAAUAAUCAUAUUGGUAAGUUAAACCUAAUUGAUUAAAAUGCACAUAUGUUUUUUCUUAAAGAAUAAGUAAGAAUCAUACCCUAAUUAUAUUAUCAAUAAAAUAAUAAGAAUUAUCAAUUUGUUUUUUGUUCUGGUAAACAAUGUUGCUUUUUUUUUAUUUAUGUGCCUUAAUUCAAUUUUAAUUAAAGUAAAGAAUAUUUUUGUGAUGUUUGUAAUAGAAUGAGAUUAUAUAAUGAGUAGAUUUGUUAAAGCAUUGAUGAAAAUUAGAUUCCUCUAAAACUAUAAAUCUAUCCUUAAAUUGUUUCUAACUUUGUAACACCAAAAAAAUCCAAUAAAGGAUGGAUUAAAUUAAUUUGUGGUCAUUAUUGGAAUAAAUAGGAAUUAUUUUAAUUCUAUUAAAUUUCAUUGAGAUCUAUAUGCUAUUGCUAAUAACGAUAUAGUGUUAAAGUAUUUGAUAAAUCAGAUUUAUAAUUAGAAUCUGAUUAUAUCUCAUAGAAAUCAAAAUCUAAGUUAAUCUAUUAAAAAUAAGAUGUAAACAAAAUUCAUCAAAAUCAACUAAUGAGAAUUUUAUAAUCUUCAAAAUACAACACUUAAUUUUGUAAAAAUAAUUGUGGAUUCUUAUAUAUAGAGAAUAUGGAAUAAGAUAAUAGUAAUCCUUUAUGUUUCAAUUGUGAUUUCUGUCAAAAAUGUCAUUCACCACUCUUUUCAAAUUUCAUCAAAAUGAAUGAUUGUAAUCAUUCUUUACACCUUUUAUGUGCUUCUGAAUUAAUCAACACUGAAAAACUUGGUGAAUCAAAGUGUGUUUGCGGAAAAUUGAUGAAUAAUUAAACUAAAAUUAACUUAAAUGUUGAAUGUAUUAUUUGUCAUAAAUAUGACCAUGUUCUAAAAUUAUUGGAUUGUCAACAUUAUAUUCAUUUGAAUUGUUUUGAAAAAAAUCUCUUUUUAUUUAAAUCUUUUUGUUGUUUUAUUUGCGAAAUUCCAAUGCUUACUUUCUUAUCAGAUAAAAAUGUUUAAUUCAAGAAAUUAAAAGAAGUAAGAACUGAUUACGAAUUAUAAAAUUUUUGUUUUAUUUGCUAAACUUAAAUUGAAGAAAUUCUUACUGAGAUUUAGUGCAAACAUAAAGUUCAUUAAUCUUGUUUAAAGAAAAAGAAAUUAGAAUUAAUAAAAUAUAAAGAUUAAGUUUUGAAAUGUUUAUGUGGAUAAUAAAUUCAUUGA